AUGACUAACAAUUCAAUUUUGCUCCUGACCCUGGUUGUUCUUCACAACACUCUUACAAAUGAAAAAACAUGUAAAUGGCAGUUGGUGGAAGAGUGGCAUCCACAACCCACAUCGUAUGUGAUGAAUUGGACAUUAUCAGAAAAUAUUUGCAUGCAUUUCAAUGGAGAUCGUGAGUUCUUGGGUGUAAAGACUAAAAGGAAUACUUCAGAUAAUCAAUCUGUUCCCCGGAUUUUCCCUUUGCAAAUUCAACUUGGAGACACUCGUAUAAUUUCUUCUGCACCGUCUCUUCUGUGUCCAGAAAUAAAUUUGAUGAAUGUUUCUGAAGCAUCUUUUAUUGAUUGUCUCCGAAAUACCACAAAUGAAGAUCAGUUACUUUUUGGCUGCAAACUAAGAGGAAUGCUCCAUGUUAAUCCUGAGUGGCUGAGGAUUGGGACGCAUUAUUUUAUCACAGUAAUGGCAAGUGGUCCAUUGCUUUGUCAGCUGAGACUUCGAUUAAAUGUGACUGUGAAACAGCAGCUAUCCCAGGAAUCUCUGAAUUCAGAAUUUUGCUCUGGGCAAGUUAAAUGUUUUAGUCAAGCUUGGAACAAGACAUACAGCUGCUAUUGUCAGCCUCCAUUUUCAGGAAAAUAUGGCCAGGGACUUGGUUCAUGUUUUUACAGACCAUGCCAAAAUAAUGGAAGUUACACAAAUAAAAGAGAAAACUGGAACAAACAAGGAUAUGAAUGUGUCUGUCACCUACAAGUUACAGAGAGAAAUUGUUCAGAAAUGAUUGGCCAAAACCAGCCAUAUAUCCGUGUCUAUGGGAACUACAGCAAUAUUACAGCAAAUAGUCUAAUUCAUAACUAUGAAGAACAAUUUUCAGGUCCGUUUUGUGAGGAGUCAAUGGAAUCUUUUAUUUCUCAGUCUUGGUGGAAAGGGGGGAGCUGCCAAAAUAACAGUUCUGCUUACUUUUGUCAUUUCCCAGAGGAAUUUCUGGAUCAAAACUGUGAAACAAAUGUCAAUGUGUCUUCAUCAGCACCAUGUCAGAAUGCCACUGAAUUUACCUGCAACAAUAUACCAAAUGAUGUUAUAUGCAUCGGUUUAUCAGUAUUUACAGGCAAGCUUUAUAAGAGUCUUCAAAGAACACAUGAAAUAUUUUCUUGUGUGAAUGUCACAUGUGUGAAACGUGAAGAAGAUCAUGACAGCAGUUGUAUGCCUGAAUUUUCUGGAAAAAACUGUAAGGAAGCCAUUGACCUCUGCAAACCGCUCAGCAUCAACUGUCUAAAUGAAGGAUGGUGUUUCAAUAUAAUUGCAAGAUUCAGAUGUGUAUGCACUUCAGGGUGCACAAGGAAUUCAUGUUGGUUUGUGGAGAAUGUUUCCUUAAUUUAUGGGACCACCUGCCAUGAUAUUUGCCAAACUAAAGGUCCUCAUCAAUUUGAAUAUGUGUGGCAAUUAAGAUUUACAGGAUUUGAAGAUGAAAAAUGUGAGGUGGUUAUUGAUGCCUGCUUCUUUCUCAUUGCAAACUUCAAUGAAGGCACCAUUUACGUGAAAAACACUGAAGACCUCAAAUAUGCCUGUUGGCUGCCAUGUGAAGGAAUAAUGGAGGUAAGAUAUUUUAUGUAGUCGUUUCUCAUUUACCUCUUAAGCUCAUCUGAUUUCAAAAAAGCUAGAGAUGUUAAGGCUGUAGAUGAUUCAAUGUUCCAUAAAUAGCUUAAAUAUAACUUCAUAAAAAGUUUUCCAAUAAUCUGUUUAUUUCCACUUAAGAA